AUGAAUGAUGGUACUUGUGUAGAGAUAGCAGAUAUUGAAAAUGAAGAAAAAAGGUAUGCUCUCUUCCUGGGACUUCUGGAGACUAGUCACAGUCCGUCCGAGUUUCAGCACUUGGUUUUACUCCUCCAAGCUUGGCCACCAAUGGACAUGAGCAACAGGUCAUGCACAGAUGAUAAUCCCUGGGUAAAACUGGCAACUGUUAUGCUACAGAGAUGCCCACCUGAGGAGAAGAAGAACAUGGGAAAUGAAAUCUUGAAAAUCUGCCGUUCUUUGUAUGAGACAAAGCACAUGCUCCCUGUUGAAUGUAUAAAAGAAUUAUGUUUGCUGCUGCUUAACCAGUCCCUCCUGCUGCCAUCCCUGAAACUGCUGGUAGAAAGCAAAGAUCAAGAUCUUCACGCUGUGGCACUGGAGCAGAUAACAGCUGUUGCUAAGGUUGAUGAUUCCAGUUGUGAUGCUGAAUUACUCUCCUUGCUCCUCAAUGCCAAGUUAGUGGUGAAGUGCGUGUCUACAGCCUUCUAUCCUCGCCUUGUUGACCACGUGCUGGCUAACCAGGGAGAAGGAGGCUGGGAUGUGGAGGAAAUAGCAAAAGAACUCAGAGAAGCCGGGUUCAGCGCAGAGGCUGGCUCCCUCUUAAUGUCUCAUCGAGGCACUCAUCCUGCACUCAGGACUUUUAAUACUGCCCUCCAGGCUAUUCAGCAUUGGCUCUAA